UCCCUCUUAUGUUUCUUAGGCAUUGUGCUCCUUUCUGUACUCCUGUUCAAAAACACAGAAGCCAUGGGAGCUCACACAUCCCCAGUUCUCUCAGAUCCUGGCUUAUGGCUGUGCCAGCCAGUACCUAAGUGUGGGGACAGCAUCUACAACCCCUUGCAGCAGUGCUGUGAGGAUGACACCAUCCUGCCCCUGAACCUGACCCGCCUCUGUGGCCCUGGGUGCAUCUACUGGCCCUGCUUUGAGCUCUGCUGUCCUGAGUCCUUCAGUCCUCAAAAGAGAUAUAUUGUCAAGCUGAAAAUUCAGGGUGAGAGAUCCCAUUGCAGUUCAUCUCCCAUCUCUGGGGACUGUGCCAGCAGAAAGACAUUUUUGCAGAGAAGAUAUUUAAGAAAACCAACUUUCUCUUAGGCAACCAAGUGAUGCCCAGGUAGGCUUCAAAAAUGGGCACCAUCGCUGAGACAACAGCUGAGUGCUGGGCUGUGAACAGAGCAUCUGUACUUCCCCCUCUAAGGCCCAGGAGAAUUUGCAGAAGAAACUAAGCCGUUGACAGGCCUAGUGUCAUUUCACUUACUGCUUACAGCCCGCCCUGCCAACAGCCAACUGUGCAUACUACUGAUGCUCACAGAGAUUGCACUCUCUUCCUACUGAAGUAGCUACCUGUGGUUUCCAGGG